AAAGGAUUCGUGUCGUUUGUGAGAGGACAUUUACCCAGUGCCUGUGCAAGGACUCGUACCGCUCAUAUAACUCCUUUAUAUUUUGUUCUCUUUUAUAAAGUCACAUGAUUGUUAUUUAAUUGGUUAUCGCGACGAUUGUUUUUUUUCUCUCGUGGAUAUGUGCUAUUCCAAUUCGUUUACUGUUUACUACGAAAAAAAAUUACGGUGAAAAUGGUGCUGCCUUAAUGAAAUAUUACGAUGCCUCAUUUGGGCAAAUCUCUACCAGAGAAGUUUGGAAUGGCUCUGGAUGAACAACAAAAGUUAUUGAAUGCUGGUGGCCGUUCACAGCUUUCCGUUACCAUCGUAGAGGUUGCGGGAACUCCAAAUCCGAGUCCAUUAUCGGAUCGCAGCGGCGAACAACUUCUCCAAACUCCUUUGGAUUCGGCAUCUAACGCCUGCUGUCAGGGCUUGAAUCCUUCGGGUCUUCUUCUGGAAAGCCCUCCGAAAUGGGGGGAGGCAGCACGAUACGCUUCCAAACAACAUCGAAAAAUAGCCGGUAGGGCAACGUUCCAAGGACAAGUUUACAACUUUUUGGAAAGGCCUGAUAAUUGGAAAUGUUUUGUUUACCACAUCAUCGUAUUUAUGUUGGUGCUAGUAUGUUUGAUAUUCAGUGUACUCUCAACGAUCGAUACGUAUUCAAACUUCGCCAACGAAACGCUUUUUUGGAUGGAAAUAUGUUUAGUUGUAUUUUUCGGAGUUGAAUAUUUAGUCCGCUUAUGGUCUGCAGGGUGUAGAUCUAAGUAUAUGGGAUUAUGGGGUCGACUCAGAUUCAUCAGAAAACCCAUCUGUAUUAUAGAUUUAAUAGUGGUAGUAGCGUCAAUCGUGGUCCUUACAUUGGGUUCCAAUGGACAAGUUUUCGCAACGUCAGCGAUUCGAGGGAUUCGAUUUUUACAAAUCCUCCGGAUGUUACACGUCGAUCGACAAGGGGGAACUUGGAGAUUACUCGGUUCAGUUGUUUUCAUACACCGACAGGAAUUAAUAACUACGUUAUAUAUCGGUUUUUUGGGUCUCAUCUUCAGCAGUUACUUCGUGUACCUAGCGGAAAAAGACACAGUUGAAGAUGAAGACGGUAAAAACACCGGGAGUUUUUCAAGUUACGCCGAUGCACUUUGGUGGGGCGUCAUAACGGUAACUACCAUAGGUUAUGGUGAUACCGUUCCGAGAACGUGGAUGGGGAAAAUUGUAGCGUCGUGUUUUAGCGUAUUCGCUAUAUCUUUUUUCGCUCUUCCAGCUGGAAUACUAGGUUCCGGUUUUGCACUAAAAGUUCAACAAAAGCAACGUCAAAAGCACUUUAAUCGUCAAAUACCUGCAGCCGCUAUGUUGAUACAAUGUCUUUGGCGAUGUUACGCCGCCGAUAAAACCUUCAAUUCCACGGCAACGUGGCAGGUUUAUCUCGGCGAUUCCAACGGGGCGCCAGUGGUUAACAGCAACACCGCGGGAGGAAGCAGCAGCAAUUAUGGCAUGCCUCUAUCUAAGUCCCUGAUAUUACAGGUCGCAAAAAAGGCAUCGGUUCUAAAAAGGAGAAAAUCCAAAAAUAAAAUGGAUCCUCCCAGUUCGCGUACCGAAAUCGGCACUCCGGGUCCAGGUACGCCGUUGACGGACACUCCAGUCGUACCAUCCACCAUGACUGGUCAACCCAAUAAGGCCCUAUCCGAUACAGACGUUAUGCUGUAUAUGGAUGAACCAAAAUCAGGAACUCCUCCGCCAAGUAGAAUACGAAGGGGCGAUAGGGAAAGUGUCAGAGGGGCGGUUUUUACAAGCCAAACAAGCACAGUGACCGAAGCUGCUAGUGAUGAUAUUGAUGAUUUAGACGCCGAACUACCUCGAGUUACACAAUUAACCGAGGCGCAUAAAAACGCGAUACGAGCGAUUCGGAAAAUCAAAUAUUUCGUAGCCCGAAGGAAAUUUCAACAGGCGAGGAAACCCUACGACGUUAGGGAUGUCAUCGAACAAUACAGUCAAGGACAUCUAAACAUGAUGGUCAGGAUAAAGGAAUUACAAAGAAGACUUGACCAAACAUUGGGAAAACCGGGUAGUUAUUUAGCGGGAAUUGACAGGGUCGGGAAUGUAAAACCGAUGACUGUUGGGGCUAGGUUAUACAGGGUAGAGCAACAGUUGGGAACAAUGGACAAAAAAUUAGAUACAAUAGCUAACGUUAUCAGUGUACUAGCACAAAAACAACAAAUAUCUUUAAGGUCAUCAGAAGAUAACGUUUAAUUUUUCAAUUUUUCCGUAUUUGAUUUCAAUUUGUACAAAGGACCAUAUAUCCGAAAUUUAGUAUACCUCUACAUACAUAUUUUUGUCAAGAUUUUGGUAAAUUGCUAAUUGAAAGUCAACAUUGUGGGAAUAACUGAGAAGAAACAAAAAAGUAUUUUUUGUCAUAGUUUUAUUUUUUUAUCUAGUUUGUACUGUGCGUUUGCCUCAUCAAAUACUUGAAUACAAUUAAAACAUAAGAAAAUAUUUAUAAAAUAGUGUGCAAUCUGUAAAUUUUUUAUAAAUUACCAUUUAAAGAAAACAUCAUAUUUCAAAUAUAAUAAUUUAUUUCUUGAGUCCCUCUAAAAAAAUAGUUCAAACCUUUCAUUAUACCAGAAAUACACGAUUUCUUUUCUAUUUACAAAAUUUUAAGAUUUCUACUGGGGGUACUAAGAUUUUUUCAAUCAUUUCAUAAUAAAUAGAGUAUUAUUUCAACGCCUAUGCAAAAAAUUCUAAUAAUUCAUCACCAAAAUAUUCGGCAAAUAUUUUACUGAAAAAUUAACUUACAACUUAUCGAUAUAUGAACAAUACUGAAUUUGUUCAAUAAAACACCUCUUGUAAAUGCAAUUUAAACCUGAAAAUGGACGAAUCCUUAAAAAAUGAGCUUUAGAUAUUUAAAACUUAAAAGCACUUGAUGAAGCAAACCGAUUUUUCAUUGUGUAUGCUGCAUGUACUUAUUACAUAUCAGUCCAUACCUACUAUUAUCAUUAUACUUGAAUCAACUUUAAUAAAUAAAAAAAGGGGUUUCUUAGAGAAUUGACAUUAUUAAGUUUGGAACGCGUUUGAAGUUUAUUACAAAUAAUUUCACAGCUGAUUCAACUAAAAAAUGUCAAGCUAUGUGUUGAUGAUCUUGAUAUUUUCGUACGAUAUAAAUAUAGAAGAACAAAAAUUAUAUUACGAAAAGCAGAAAAAAACAUUCGAAAAAUUUGAACGAGUAUUUAAAGAUUGAAUAAAAAUUAGAAAAUCAUCAGGAAUUAACGAAAUUAACGUAGAUUGAUAAAAAAGAAAUUUUUAAAUAUAAAAUUUACAUUACUUUUUAAUAUGUGAUUAAAUUCAAUUUAAAACUUUGAAAUAAAUGAAAUUGCGUAUUUAAAAUUAGUUGAUGUAAAGCGAAGGUCAAGAUGGAGGCGUGGAUGAUUGAAAUGUACAGCCAAAAUUAAUUUCACCUUUUUUGAAAUAUACAAUUUUAUACUAAUUUUUUUAUUAUUGAAUAAGAUUCAUUUCAAAUCUCUUAAUAAUUAGAAAAAAUGACAACUACAUAUUAAAAAUUGGUUAAUGCAAGACGAAGGCCAAGAUGGCGGCUUGGAUGAUUGCAAAGUAUGACCGAGACUCACAUUAAAAAAUUGGUGGAAAUUCAAAUUUUUUUCAAUUUCAACGUAAUAAUAUGAAUUUAAUAAUUCAAGUAACUCAAAUAUAUUCGUAUCUGAGUUUUGUAUUAAUGAGAAGGUGAGUUUUAUAUAGAAUCAAAUUGUUAAAAAAUCUUGGUUAGGUAAUGUAACUUUACUUUACUUUACUUUGACGAAAUAUUAAAAUAUAUAUUUGCAAAUACUCACUUAUCGCUCUAAUAUCUAAUUGAUACACUUAUUUAUUCACUAAAAUCACUAUCACAUUCACUAUUCACUCACUAAUACUAUUAUUUUAAAAAAUGUUUUAAACGAUAUUUAUAACCUCUAAAAUAUUAUUUAUUAAUUUUAAACGAUAUUUGAAUCCUAUAAAUUAUUGUUUGUUAAUCUUUAGAUACGUUUGACGGAAUUUUAUGAUUAUUAAAAAAAAGAAAAAAUUCUUACGACACCGACGCCUUAAAGUCUAAAGAACAACUGAACAUCCGUUUCUACUGCAUGGUAUCCGGAUACUGAAACAUCGGCAAGGGUGACUUGAUUUAUAAACAAGUGUCAAAAAUUAGAAGAACAAUAGAGUAAUGAAAAGAUUGUGUUGCUAUGGAACUGGAAAUUCUAUAGAUAAACAAAAAGUAAAUAUCAUAGAGAUAUUUAUCUAUUGAAAAUUAAUAUAUUUUGAUAAUUCGUUUUUUUUAAUAAUAAAUAAUGUCGUUUAUAGAACUUUAUGAUUCUCUAAGGAAUAUCCUAGUAUAAUUUGCAAAAUUAAAGUCAAUAUUACGAAAUAUCAUUUAAAGAAAAUACUUUUUGAAUAUUACAUUACCACAAGUAGUAUUAUCCAUGAUGUAAAGACUUAUUGCUAAUCAAAUUUUCCAAAUUGGCGUGUCGUUUUGGGAGCGAAUUCUCAUUGGUUGCUUCCCAGCUGGUGCGCUAGAGCACACCUUGUAGUCUUUACAUCAUGUUAUUAUCGGGCACAUUGUAUAGUAUUUUAUAUCUAGUUAUAAUAUUUCUACACAAGUUUGUUUAGACUGUGCCUAUAUCUAUUUAUACAUAAUUAAAAAUGAAAACGACUUUGCAUUUAUGUAUAAAUGAUUUAACCAGCAGCUAGAGUAUAUAAAGUUGUUUAAAAAUUAGUACAAUGAUUACACGAAGAAAAAUGUUUAGUAUACGUAACUAUAAUAGUUUUUUCAAACAGAUUUAAAAAAAAA